AUGCCUGCUCCUCAUCAGCGGUUCUUCACUCUGAGAAACCCUUUCUCCAGAUGUGUACUCUUCGCUGUUGCCUUGCUCAUACUCCUCGGACUCACAUGGAAGUCUGAUCGAUUGGACGAUGUAACGACACAAAUCAUCAAAGCGGCUACGCCCAAGACGAAAGGCUCGACCUAUCAACAGCCAAUUGGUGGAGAUGCACCAGUCGCUUCUGAAGCGGAUGUAGUACCCGUCACGAACCAUGUCAUGGACUGCAGCGUAAACACAGAUUACAUGAAUCAAUUGAAAGAGACGUACGAUCUCCAAGACGGCUUCGAGUACCUCAAGCGCUACGUCAAGAUCAACCGCGAACCGAUCCCCCGAAAGUCGGUCACCAAGCUGGGCCAAGAGUUCCUUCCUACCGGCUUCAAGACCAUCAACUCCAAUUACCCCAACAACUAUGGCCAGGAGACUUGUCUGGAGCCUCUCCAGGUUCCGGUUCCUCAGUCACCUUAUCCUUCAACCGGUAACCUGUCCGACUUUAUGUUUGGUGUCUCGACUACCUUUAAGAGAUUUAACUCGAGCAAAACCACACCCGUUGACGAAUGGACAUACUGGUUGACUGACGGUAAAGGCAACUCCAACGGUGGAAAGCUAGUUCUUUUGCUGCUGGAUGCCUCAGAGGAACAAAUCUUGGAGGCCAAGACCGUCCUCGACCAACGUGGAAUCGACGUUGACGUGUAUCACUCGGACUCUCGCAUGGAGAUGGCAGUUCGAUACCUGACUUUGAUUCCUACGCUCUACAACCACCCAGAACGCCCCAACAAGAAGUGGCUGGUCAGCUGCGACGAUGACACUUUCUUCCCCAGCGUACAUGCUUUGACCAAGAAGUUCGAGCAAUAUGACCCAGAAGACCCGCUCUACAUUGGUACCCUAUCAGAGGAUGUCAAUAACGUUGACCGACACGGCUCCCAGGCUUUCGGAGGCGCUGGCGUCUUCCUGUCGGUGCCUUUGGCUAAGCAAGUUACCGAUGACUACGAUACGUGCAAGACCGACGAGAAAAUCCGUGAGGCCAACUCUGGUUGGGGACCUCAGGGUGAUAUCCUGCUGAGAAAAUGUAUCUAUGAGAACACCGACGUACGUCUGUCAGUCAUGCGAGGUCUUUACCAGCUUGACCUUUACGGUGACCCAUCCGGUUUCUACGAGUCUGGUAUCAAGCCAAUCUCUCUCCACCACUUCAAGGGCGGCGGUUGGCACUCGGCUAUGCCCUGGCAAUACACCAAGAUCGCCCACAUCUGUGGUGAGGAUUGCACGUUUAUGCGUUUCCAGACAGCCGAUGAUUUCAUUAUCUCGACGAGCUUCAGUGUUGCUCAGUACCCCCUGGGCACCAAGUUCAACCUCGCACAAAUGGAGCGAACAUUCGCUGCGGCUCCCCAAGAUAAGGGCUGGAAUCUGGAUUACGUCUUCGAUCCCCAGAGGCCCAGUCUGCUAAAGACUGGUCGCAAGAUCAGCUGGGACCUGCAAGAGGCCAGAGUCAACGACGACAAUACUGUGAGCCAGAUCUAUGUCCGUAAGGGCGACGACUGGAGAUGGGUCGACCUCAACGGCAAUCCUAUGUCUAAGAGCGAUGGCAUUAUCGAGUUGGUCUGGCUUCCUUGA